UGCUGGUUAAGAGAACUAUUGGUCUUUAAGAGUAAGCACGUUCUUGUGACAAGUAGGGGGGCAGAAUACUGGUUUAAUAUUUCUCGUUUUGUUAAAUGAUGAAAACUGCAUCCGAGCUGGAAAAUAAGUAAAAUGCCACACAGCUGUCCAGACAGCCCCUCUCCCACCCCGCUUGGUAUUUUACAUGAAGCAAUUCACUGUUCAUUUGUGAAUUUGUGUCACCUAUAAAACAGUUUUUUUUUUGUAUAUAUUAAAUACUUGUGUAAUACUAUACGAGUACAAAGCUGCUCUGUGACUUUCAGAGAAGAGUUUUCAAAUAGAAAUAAAAACAACGCCGAAAUGUUUUCCAAGUGCGCAGCUGUUUAAAAACUCUUUUACAGUAAUAUAAAGAUGUGACGUAUGGAGCGCAGAAUCGAAAGUGAAAGAAUGAACAUACUGUACGCUUCAGUGAAAACGAGAGGAGACGGACGUGUUCCAUCAGCAAGCGGGUUUGAAUCCAAGAAAACAUUUUGAAAAUGUCCAUCACAUUCUCUGGUUGGGAAGCCUGGACGGAGAGAACACAUUUAAGCUCGGGUUCAAAGCCUGAAAGAGGUGGACGCUACACAAUGUACCACGGGACCCACAUCAGCAUCGCUAAGAACAUCAUUAAAGGGGGGUUUCAAAGGUCGAAGGGCGGGCUCUUAGGAGCCGGGGUAUACGUGAGUCGCAACAUCGACAAAGCAAAGUGUUAUCCUCUUAACGUCGAGAAAAAACAGCGAGUCGUCUUGAAGCUCAAAGUCCAAGUUGGCAAAGUGAAGAAAAUCGACUGCGAUAACCAUCCGCUACAGAAAACCUGGAGCCAAAACGGCUACGACACGGCGUGGGUGCCGCCCCAUUGUAACAUAGCCUCGAUCAAAUCGGGCAGGGAGGAGGACUGUGUCUGGGACCCGAAGAGAAUCGCCGUUGUGGGCAUCGCCUACUGCCUGAACGACGUCGCCAAACGAGAGCUCCUUCAACUGAUUGAUAGACAAGCGACGGGCGCCGGGAGCGACGCGCAGGCGCCUCACAAGCCCAACUGCACAGUCUGUGGCAAGGAGGACGUCACACCGCACCCCCUUCAAGCAUGCUGGAAAUGCAGCGAGACGAUCUGUCCAUUUCAGGAUAGCCACAAAUGCAGAAAUUAACAAAGCUAACAGUGACAGAAAUGAGCCGGCCAAAAAACAAAACAAAACAGAAAAAAACAACACUGUAUAUAUUUAACUGCUUCCUCUGCUGUAGGUCAGUUUCACUCUAGUAGUCUAGAUGCAAUCAUGUACAAUCUUGGGAAUGAGAAAAUACUCCUCUCAUCUCUGUGAUAGAAGGCAGUAGCUUAUGACCUACAGCACAGGAUGUGAUUAGGUAACAGGGGAGAGUGAUAUAUAGGGGAGCCAUUCUACUUGUGAGAUCUCUGGCUCAUUAAAAUAUUUAGCACAUUUUUAAAGAGGAAACGAUUAUCAAUUCAGGGAUACCAAUACCUGUAGUAAGUUAAGGGUCUGAGUGAGGAAACAUGGGCAAUACGCUCCCCAGCCCUGGUCUUGCUCCAAAUCAUUGGUUGUUUCCAUAAUUUGUGCCGGUGUGUAUCUCUUCUAAAGAAGAGUUCCAGCAGUAUUUUCAUCAGAUUGAAAUCGGUGUAAGGGUUAUUAACGGUCAUGUAUAACGGGUUUGAUUACAGAAAACUCGAAUAUAUUUGUGUGGUCCUUUCCUAAAUGUAUACCUUUGUUAAUUGAAUCGCAGCUUAAUCCUUUUAGCAAACAUGGGUAAUAAGGUAUUCUGUUUUCAAUCAUUCAAAGGUCUCAGGGCAUGUGAACACUCAUUUACAAGCACUGCACCUGCUGUAUGGUUCACAGCAUAUCCACAGGUUGUUACAGCAACCCUCGUUGAGAGAAGACUGUGUCUAGAUUUGGAGAAUGUAAACAAAGUGGACAGUCAACAAAAGUCUAGUCAUGUCUGUGUAGCUCAGGGAAGUUGGACUGUCAACACUGCCUUAUGAUUUUUCACUGCAUAAACUGUAACCCAUCUGCCAAAAGACACUGCCAAAUACAUAAUCUACAAAAGUACUGCCGAUACAUAGCUAUGCACGGGACACAAUAUACGAAGCACCUGUGAUAUGUAGCACACACUUGUGUCAAUGGGCCGUCUUUUUAAAUUACUGAUCCGUCUGGCUAAUCCUCAAUGGUUAUUUAGGCAGGUGAUUGCACCUCUAAAACUGAAUUGCAAAAUAUGGGAAAGUGUUUAUGUUAAAUCUCUGUUUUAAAAAGUGUUGUAUUAAAAAUGACUGCAUCCAAUUGACUGUAA